CGCCGCCGCCGCUCCCCGCCCGCCGCCGCCGCCGGAACCGGAGGAACCGGAGCCGCCCCCGCACAUGCGCAGAGCGGGCGCCCGGCGGCCCGGGCCUCGCUCCGCCCGGGCCCGGCGCGGCCAUGGGCACCACGAUCAACUCCUGUGCAGAGAGUUGUGAGUUUGUGAAGCAYCUGAGCAGUUUCUGUCACUCUUCCUAGAAGGUGUCACAGGAAAAACUUCACUUCUUUGAUACAAGAAUUCAGUGGUGUCCCAGAACGGCAGCAGAGCCCCAACCUGCUGAGUGGAUGGCAGCACCCCUAAAAUGUCUCUCCCUUCCCGGACGCCCCGGGCGGCGUUAGCUGUGGCAGCCUGCCGGCCGUGUCCCGCGCUCCCGGCUGCCACCUGAUAUGGUCCCGGUGGCCGGUGGCCUGGGGCCGGCUGCUCGGGGCGGGGCCCGAUGCCGGUGAUCCCCAUUCCCCGGCGGGUGCGYUCGUUCCACGGUCCCCACACCACCUGCCUGCACUCCGCCUGCGGCCCCGUGCGCACCACGCACUUGGUGCGCACCAAAUACAACAACUUCGACAUCUAUCUCAARUCGCGAUGGAUGUACGGAUUCAUCCGCUUCCUGCUGUAUUUCAGCUGCAGCCUCUUUACCUCCAUCCUCUGGGUGGCUCUCUCGAUCUUGUUUUGCCUUCAGUACCUUGGCAUCCGCAUCUUCCUGCGCUUCCAGUACAAACUCUCCAUCAUCCUGCUCUUGCUGGGCCGCAGGCGGGUGGACUUCAGCCUCAUGAAUGAACUGCUCAUCUAUGGAAUUCAUGUGACCAUGCUGCUGGUGGGGGGGCUGGGAUGGUGUUUCAUGGUCUUUGUGGAUAUGUAAAUAAAACCAAGCGCAUGUGGGCUCAGGAGGUGACUUUUCUUCUACCCCCGAAAUGUGUCAAUGUCCUCUUUUUUUUUUUUUUUUUUAAUAUAAAUUAAU